CCAUGUUUGGUUGCUUUGUUGUACGCUUCUACCAGGUUUCCUACAGAAUUAGUAAGUGUGGAAAUGGAGCCGAGCUGGAGUACGUUUCUUUUUCAACAGGCCAAUGAAGCCCUCCACCACCAGCACCAGGUGGCCCAGAACAGCCUGCUGCCACUGCUCAAUGCAGGAGCAGAGCAGAUUGACCAGAAGCCUAUUCUGCCCAUUCAAAUGGACCAGAAGCCACCUGUCAGUGCUGCUGACCUCCUCAAAGAUAAUAUGGCCAGUGGAGGUGUGCGACCACCUGUGCCCGUGAUAAAGAAGGAACACAAGGGCAAAACACCGUUCAUCUGUGGCUACUGCAACAAGGCCUUCCGUGACAGCUACCACCUGCGACGCCAUGAGUCCAGCCACACCGGUAUUAAGAUGGUCUCACGGCCAAAGAAGACAGCCCAAACAGCCCCCACCAUGGUACCCAUGAUCUCCUCUAUGCCACGAGAGAACCACGGCACCCCUUCUUACAUCUCCACGGUAGCGGGCAUCCUCUCCACAGCAACCACCUCGGUUUCCUCAGGCACAAGUAUCAUGACAUCAUCUGCAAUGGGCAACAUGCCGCAGCAAAACGUCGUCAAGAAACCCCCGAAACCCGUCAAGAAAAACCAUGGGUGUGAGAUGUGCGGCAAGGCAUUCCGUGACGUCUACCACCUGAAUCGCCACAAGCUGUCCCAUUCAGACGAGAAGCCUUUCGAGUGCCCCAUCUGCCAGCAACGCUUUAAAAGAAAGGACCGGAUGACCUACCAUGUUCGCUCUCAUGACGGGGGAGUGCACAAGCCCUAUGUAUGUUCUGUGUGUGGGAAAGGAUUUUCCAGGCCAGACCAUUUGAGCUGCCAUGUGAAGCAUGUGCAUUCCUCAGAAAGACCGUUUAAAUGUCAAGUAACGGCCUGUACCUCUGCUUUCGCCACCAAAGACAGACUCCGCUCCCACAUGAUCAGGCAUGAGGGCAAAGUGACCUGCAGCAUCUGUGGGAAGAUGCUGAGUGCGGCCUACAUCACCAGCCAUUUAAAGACUCAUGGACAGAACAACUUUAACUCCUGUAACAAAGAAGGCAAUGAAGUCUGCAAUUCUGCCUCAGUGACACCUGUGACUGUCUCCGUCCCCAUCACCUCGGCGAUGAACCGGGGCAACAACCACCCUGUCACCAUAGCCGCACAAAUGAACAUUAGCACCAACACGGUGAACAUCACGUCUCCAAUCAGUCUCCAGCAUCCGGUCACCAUCACCGGACCCCUCAACAUCGCCUCUGUCAACAUCCCGGCCACGGCGCCGAUGAAUAUUGCCCACCCAGUCGCAAUAACGACCCCCAUGUCUAUGAAUAUAACCGGCCCGCUCAACAUCGCCAUGAGGCCAGUGGAUACCAUGCCUUUUCUGUCCCAAGUCUUGCCUUCCUCCCCGCCCUGGUAAAAAGAGGAAUAAGAGGAAAAGGAGAGAGAGAGAGAAAGAGAGAGUGAGUUUUGAACUGGCUAGAAAGAAAGGGAAAAUAAGGCAAAACUAGAGACUCCCCCGUACUCCUGAUUUGCUCGUCCAGUCCAGCUCUUUCUCACCCACCAACACCACCCCCACAAAAAAAAAACCCUCCUUGACUCAUCAAACCGUGAAGUGACUAUUUCCACAAGCUGUGCAGGCGGCCCAGCAGGAGAAGUCGCAGCCACUUCUCAACCAGAGAUCAGUGACUGACACCAGAUGCAGGACACUUGAGUAGGAAUCGAGUAGGAUUUAUCUUUAAAUCAGGACAAAACUGUAAGACUUAGUGUAGUCACUUAGAAUGAUGAAACUGUGAUAUUUUUUUUGUUUUGUAUCAUGACAAAUGAGAGAAGAGGAUUCCUCUAGCACACUCGAGGACUCUGUAGGAACACACACACACACACCAGUGCUUUUGUGAAAGGGAGAUGAGAAAUGGACUGAAGCAAUAAUUAGAAAUUGCUUUUUUGUUAUGUUUUACAACUUCUCUCCCAAAGCCUCUGGGUGUUGCUUUUUAUGUUGGUGGUUUUUUUUUGUUUUUUGUAACUAUAGCCUGCUAAUCACUAUUUAAUGUUAUAGGAAAAAGAGUCUAGUAAAAGGGACAGCAGCUUCCACUUGCAUGGAAGAAUAUUUUUUCACAGUGAAUGGCUUAUUGUUUCCUUCUCAGAUAGUUGGUAUGCUCUCGAGGUACAGUGACUAACUUGUACAGUUGACAUAGUAAUGUAUUUUCAUGUCAGCAUUUUAAUUUUUGCUCCAGUCAUUCGAGUAGACGUGUCAACGCCGUCCUCUCGAUGAUGAAAUGCUUUGUUUUCUCUUUGUAUGGAAACACAAAGGUCUGUUGUUGUUUUUUUUCUUUGCCUAUUUGUAAUGUUUUUUUUCCAUGAAGUCAGAAUGAACUGAGUCUUGCACUGAAAGCAUAUCCUACAUACAGGUGAGCAGCAGCAGCAGUAUUAUUGACAAAGAUCAAAUUGAAGUCUUAAAAGAAUGUUAGUGAGCCAGUCUUCACUUGUGGGCCAUCUAGUGGCUGUAAAUGGAAAGUCCUGGCUGUGUAGUGAAGCUUUUUCAGUCUGUUACUGUCAUUAGUUUUCUCUGACUCUUCUGCACACACGUUUUAUUUUGAAUCAUUUAUCUGUAAUUGCGCCCCCCUCCC